AAUGAUUGUGAACAAAGGUGUUGCCCUGAACAGUAAAAGGAUUCUAUCAGAAGAAGCGAUUGAACAUGUAUUUGCUAAUGAGAUAUCAUUUAAUGAUUUCAUACCAGAACUAUUAGGUAACAAACCAGAAUUAGGUAACAGAACAAGUUAUGGUCUAGGCUAUUGGAAUGGAUAUCAAUCUGGUGUUGAAUUUCAUCAACAUGGAGGUGAUUCAACUGGUUUCCAUUCAACUCAUAUUCUUAUAAGAUCAAUCAAAUCUGGUUUUUCUUUUUCAACAAAUUAUGGCCAACAAUCACUUGAAAGAGCAAUUUUGGAAAGUUCUAUUCAUGAUAUUCUCAAGGGAAGAGAUUCAUCAAUCUCCUUAGUAAAGGCUUGUAAUUCUGCCUUACAUGAGAAUCACAAUUCUGAUACAACAUUUCCAAACAAAAGAAAUAUUCCAAAAUAUUCUGAACUAUUAAAAAAACAAAGAUUUAACAACGAAAAUAUUACAAAAUAUACUGGUAAAUAUGAUAAUUGGGUCUAUGGAUUUAUCAGUAUUAAAAGUACUGGUGCUGCCAUCUUUCGGCUAUCUCUAGAUUAUGGAAAUAUGGGACAAUUUAACCUAUUACCAUCUGAAAAAAAUAUGUAUAUUGGAAUUUGUAAACCUGGGCCUAGUGCACUAAUACCGGAUAUGAUUUUUCAUUUUGGAGAUGAACAAAAUGGAAAAAUGAACAAACUAGUGGCAUUUUCAUUUGAGAUAUCCGAUCCACCAAUAUUUGAAAGAGCAUUAGGUCCAGAACCACCAGUUAAUCAUGAAAAAUGUAUUGAUUAA